CAACCCAGCUCAUUUGUCUUGAGGUCUAGGACGAGACAAGAUGUCUUGCUGUUGUUGUUGUUGUUGGCCCAGAUCCACUGAAAGUGGCUCAAAAAAAGGCCAAAGAAACUUGUGGCAUGCUUUCCUGAAAUGCUUUAGGAAGCUGUGUGGAUGUUGCAAGUCUUUAGUCAGAGUUGCCCCCGAGGAGGUGGUCUCUGACAUGCAAAUUCAAGAUAUGCUGAUAAAACAUAACUACUCACCUCCCAAAUACCGGGAAAGGCUCUUUUUGAGACCCAAGGACCACACGAAAGGGAACCACAGCUUUCAGACUCUGGCCCAGGUCCACAGGUCUUGGCAGCACGACCUGGAGACUGUGGAGGAGAUGCCAGAGACUCUGUCUCAAACAGAACAGUCGGACUCCUCUGAAUGUCUUCCGACAGUCCAGGAGCUGAGCCAAACCAGUGAUUCAACAGAAACUGACAUCAAAUGUGCAGAAGAGACUGGAGAAUCAGCUUUUUUAUAUGAUGUUCCUCAGGGACAUGUACCCCCAGCAGGCGAGCUGGGGCCAUCAAAAGCCAUUCAGGUUGCUAUAGGUACUCCUGAGUACCUGAAGCUCACUCUACCGCUGAAGGGUCAGCUUGACACUGACCAGGGUCCUGAAGGAGGUCCCCAGGCAGCUGGACUCAUAGCACCUCUGCUGGGGGAAGCACCCCAGGGGAUGGAAGACUCAGGACAGCCUGCUGGGGGUGAGCUCACCCCACCCCUGCUGGGGGAGGCAGACCCAGACCCACCUCCCACUGGAUGACCUGAGGCUGCCACAAUGACACCACCACAGCAGGCAGAGCCAGGCCUGGGCCUGGAAGACUCAGUACAGCCUGCUGGGGAUGAGCUCACCCCACCCCUGCUGGGGGAGACAGACCCAGACCCACCUCCUGCUGGAUGUCCUGAGGCUGCCGAGAAGAUAGCACCCCAGUAGGGGGGGCAAGGACCUGGCCCAAGAGCACAGGACAUGCUAAGCUCAGACCAGACCUGAUGGAGCAACCUGGUCCUGGGCAACAUCACACAGGUUAGACAAGAAGGUGUAACCUCACAACAGCCCUGCCUGGGGAA